AUAAAACCUACAGGAGAGAGAAAAAACACAUACACUGAGUGUGCGAAAAACUUCACUCUGAACUCCACCCUUAUUAGACAUCAGAUGAUCCACAUGGGAAAGAGCCUCUACAAAUGCUGUGAGUGUGGGAAACCGUUCAGUGUGAAAUCAAACCUAAUUAAACAUCAGACAAGCCACACAAGAGAGAGAGCCUAUCAGUGUUAUGAAUGCAGGAAAAGCUUCACGCAGUGCUCAUCCCUUAUCAGACAUCAGAGGAGCCACACAGGAGAGAGACCAUACGAAUGCUGUGAGUGUGGGAAAAGCUUCACUGCCAGAUCAGAUCUUAAUAAACAUCAGAGGAUCCACACAGGAGAGCGCCCCUAUGAAUGCUGUGAGUGUGGGAAACAGUUCACCUGGAGCUCAGCAUUUAUUAAUCAUCAGAGGAUCCACACAGGAGAGCGACCUUAUGAAUGCUAUGAGUGCGGGAAAAAAUUCACCUGGCACUCAGCACUUAUUAAUCAUCACAGGAUCCACACAGGAGAGCGCCUGUAUGAAUGCUGUGAGUGUGGGAAACAGUUCGGUAAGAAAUCAAAACUUAUUAAACAUCAGACAAGCCACACAAGAGUGACAGCCUAUGAAUGCUGGGAGUGCAGGAAAAGCUUCACGCGGAGUUCAUCCCUUAUUAGGCAUCAGAGAAUCCACACAGGAGAGCGACCAUACGAAUGCUGUGAGUGUGGGAAACGGUUCACUGUCAAAUCAGACCUUAGUAAACAUCAAAGGAUCCACACGGGAGAGCGCCCGUAUGAAUGCUGUGAGUGUGGGAAACGGUUCACUUGGAGCUCAGUGCUUAUUAAUCAUCAGAAAAUCCACACAGGGGAGCGACCCUAUGCGUGCUGUGAGUGCGGGAAAAGUUUCAUCCGAAGCUCACACCUUAACAGACAUCAGAGUCUUCACAAGGGAGAUACACAACAUAAAAACUUUGUGUAGGGCAGAAAAUAAAUUAUUAAGACAUUUGCUAAUUCUUACAUAGUGACCUUUUAGGGCUGUUUGCACCAUUCGCAUCACCGUGUUAUCUCAGCUCCUUCAGGUGAGUUGCCUGCUUUCCUUUUGCAGGUCGGGGGUGAAUCCCAUGGUCCUUUCUGCUAAAUCUUUUCUCCUGUGAGUCGUGGGAGUGUGUACUUCCUGCAAGGAAUGUCCAUCACCCCUAGCUGGGGGAAAUAGGGGUGACCUCAAUUAGCUACACUGAGCAGAAACUGAGCUUGACUUUGUCUCCUCUAAGAUUUUCCACGGAGUUGGCUGCUCAAGGUAGGGACCCCAAUGUAAAGAGACACACAGUUUUGCAGUGUUGACAUAGCCCAGGUACAAUGGUUGGGGUUACCUAGCACCUUCCCCUUUGACCUGUUCUAAUCCACAUCAAUAUUCAUAGUGUAAACACGCCCUGACGCUCACAUUCAAACUGUUACCCUACUGGCAGAGCGAUUGUUAGUCACCAAGUUCCCCCUUUGGCGACAGAUUGUCUCAUUCCCAGUUGUUCUCACGCUGGUCCAGGUCGUGCUGGACAGCAGGUUUUGUGGGGGGGUUUCCACUAUUUUCCAUAUUUAAAAUAUAUUUCAAUAUAACGAAGAGGAGGAGCAGCAGUGGGACAAAUGUAUCGUUUCGGCCUUUGUGACAAAGGAAGGAAAUGGGCUGAGUCGGAUGGAUUACUUCCUUCUCCAUGACAGUCAGUAUGCCUGUUCCCUCUAGCAGCACUGGUGUCUGUAUGAGCCACAAUGGAGUUUUUCCUCCCUUUAUUCUACUCCCCACCUCCCAAAGAAUCUCUGCAAGUUGAUCCUAAAUCCAACUCAUUAGGGCUAGAGAUGCAAGUGUCACAGACCUGGAUGGGGAAUUCCAGUGGACACAAAACAGAGUGAUCAUUCUGUGCUUUUAUCCCUGUUUCCAUCUGUUGGCAAAGCCACUUCUGGACAUUUUCCUGCUGAUCUGGGAUUGUUAGCAGAUGAGAAGGGUGGCAGUUUUCCUUCAUUACGAUGUUGCUAAUUAUUUUUCUAAAUAACACGACUCCAUAAUAAUGAAGUGCUGUUGAAUGAAGCAGGUUUGAAUGGAUCAGAGGAGAAAAUGAUGGGGGAAUUUGCUCUCCUGAUUUAUUUUUGAGUAAUCAGAGGUAAUCCACUCUGGAAUUUCAUUUUGUAUGAAAGAGAAAGUGACUUAUACUGCUCUGUGUUGUGGCUUUUUCUCUCUCUCCUGAAGGCCAUUUCGUCACAUUGAAUAUUAGUUCUCUGGGAUGUAGCUCAGAUUUAUCAAGGCCUUUGGGACAAAUGAUUGUUUGCUAAAAUAAUCCUUCCUUAUUUUAGCUGUGUCUUUCCCCCACUGCUGCAUGAUGACAUGAAAAAAGCUGAAGUGCAGUUCACUCAUCAGGAGAGGAUGCGCCAAACCAUUGGGCAUGCUGCCAAGGAAACAGUAAUGCGUUUAGGGCUCCACUCUGAAAUGGUGAACAGCAGCACACCCCAAACUGUGCAAGUAACUGAAGUAACUGGAUGCAUGUGUCCUCCUAUGAUUUGGGAAACGCUGUCCCUCUCUGUGUUGAUUUGAAAAAAAA